AUGAAGCUGACCACUGGCUUUCCGAUUUGGUUUUCUGCAGCAGCAAACCACAACCCAGCUGCUUUGCUGCAGCAGCAGCAGCAGCAGCAGCAGCAGCAGCAGCAGGGACGGAGCGCCAGCGGCAGCAGCAGGGGCGGCGCCGCAGCAGCAGCAGCAGAAACAGCAGCAGGAGCUGCAGCAGGAGUAGCAGCAGCAGCAGCAGCAGGAGUAGCAGCAGCAGCAGGAGCAGCAGCAGCAGGACCAGCAGCAGCAGCAGGAGUAGCAGCAGCAGCAGCAGCAGCAGCAGCAAGCCCCGCAGGGUUUGGGGGUCUCGCGCGAACUGCUGCAGACAGUCCUUGA